CCCGGCGGUUACUUCUUUCCAUAUGCUAUAUAUUUCUCAUCACCGCCGCUCCCUCAUUCUCAGUCUCACAAUUCACACCCGGCGGUUCCUUCUUCCCAAUCGAUCUACUACACUCUUCAUCCCCACCAGUGCACGCACCGAUAAAAAUUUGAAUCCAACAAUUACCAUCUUCCAUUCCAUGCAACGGACGCAUUAUCUACCAACGAUACCCAGCCGACUGGCUUCGAUCAACAUGCCGCCAGCAAAGUAACUCCCCU